UUACCAAAUAAUGUGUAACUUUGAGUUUUCAUAUAAAAUAUUCUGUGAUGUUUGUGUUGCUGGUACCCCAAACAACUAUAUUCUGUCCUCCCACUCUUUCUCUCUCCGUGUCACUCGCUGUCCUCUUCAUUCACACUCGCGCUUUCUAUCUUCAGUAAACUACUGUUCCCAUAGUUCCAGAGGUGUAAAGUGAGGCCAGCUACGGGUGCCCGGAUGCCUUUGACAGUCAGGCACGUUGGAGAGGCACAGCGGAGACUGGGGCGCACGAGAGACACAGAGCUGGAAUUGCAGAGGCAGAGACGCACGGGCGCACGGUCGAUUUUCGCCUCCCGCAUACUGGGGAGUCCCGUGCCUGUCACCAAAACCGGAGGACAGGGCUCGAGCGCGGUUGUGUCAGCGCAUUAAUUGGGGAGAAGACUGUGAACCAACAUCCCAGCUCCCUAUUUUUUAAAAAAUUCUCCCCCUUUUGUUUUUUUUGCUUUCCCAUCUUUGUGGGUGCAGAUAUUGAUGUGAGCCAGAGGAGCGUUUUUUCCGUUGAGUCGCACGAGACGGUGGCGCGCGACGGCUGGAGGAGACAACGUUUACAUUGAUGUGGGAGGACUCUCUCCCUCCGAGGCGGUGAGCUCAGAUGAAGGGGAAAUGCUGCGCGCUGACGGCUGCAGCCGUCCAGGCAGCGGCUCCGUGACCCGGGCGAGGAGAGGAGCGAAGCACCGCCACCGACAGCCGCGCAAGCCGCCAGCCCCGCCAGCCAGCGUUGACACCGCAACAGCUCCAGCAGCCAGCGCGAGCCCCCAGACUCUCUCUCUCUCUCUCCCUUGCAACCAUGGCCAAAAGACAGGAGCAGAGGGGAGAGGGAGAAGUAUGUGAGCUCUCCACUGCAGUAUUGAUGACCCAAUGAUCCCCUGCAGAACAGAGCCAGUCAGGCAGACAGAGUGAGGCUCAACUCAGAAUCAAAAUCAGAAUCAGCGCCACAGCCGUUCGGUAAAAGCAACCAACUGAGCAGGAUAUGAAUGGUCCUUGAAUCUUCUUGCUAGCUGUUAGAGGAAGACAGCUACAAAGAAGGAACGCUCAUUUACAUACAGCAGAGAACAUCCCUUUUUUUCCUCCCUCACUACCAGCAAGACCAUACACUGAAUGAGUGGCUUGUCAGAUCAUCUAUUUUCAGGCCAAUCUGGGGCUCCAGUGGGCUGUGGUGGGAAUCAGGCAGAGGAGAAAGGGUGUGUGGGAGGGCUGGAGGAGCUGGAAGGGCCCGAGCUCUGGACCAGGGAGCUCGGGCUCCAGGCGGAGUCUGAGGAUCCCUCCGACGAUGGACUGGCGCCGGUGACCUCUGAUCACUUUCCCCCCUCCUCCCCUUCUGCCCUGGCCAACGGCCUCCACCUGCAGAGAAGGCUGGGGCUCAACACCUGUCGGCGGAGGCAGACGGAGACCCACGCCACCGCUGCCGAGACACACGCAUUUGCUGAGACAUUUCGAAACAUGCAGACGCACAUAGACCCAGAUGUACACACGGACAUGGAUAACUGUGGACGCCUGGAUAUCAAUGCACAUGCGGGUUCUGUGGGGCAAGAACACCCCAGAACUCUUACACCAGAGGCCAUACACACAACUUCACCUCAACCCCUGUCUUUGGCGCUUGGCAAUCAUCCCGCCUCAACCAAUCAGCUGGCAGCCCCGGUCCUCACAGCAGAGGCAGACAUGCCCUCAACCUUUUGUCCCGUCCCUAUUGGUCCAAAUUCAAACACGAGCUCCUCUCCUCUUCCUGUGGAGGCAGAGAAGAAGUAUGCACUCCGCAGUUCCGGACGUCCCCGCUUCCCCUGUCACCUGCGCAAAUCCUCGCGCCUCCGCCGAAGCAUAGAGGAUGUGGAGAAGAGAGCGGUGAGGGAGAGGGGGGGAGGAGGAGAAGAGGAGGAUGAAGUAUUAGAAGAGAAGAUCUGGAGGGUUAAAGAAGAGGAGUCGACGGUCGGGGAGAAAGAAGAGCGUUCGUCUGUGGAAACUGUUCUCCCCACAGCCCCCUGCCCGGCAGACAUCGCUCUCGCUCUGACAGUACCUAAACCCGUUCCCAAAGCUAUACCUAAACCUGGGCCCAGACUUGGGCAUAAACCUGGACCUAAAUCCAGGUCUAGGCCUGCGCUGAAAUCUGUCCAUAAAGCAGGUCCUAAAAGUGUCAUGAAACAGCGACAGCAGGCAGCGCAGGCCCUUGCUCAUCGCGUUACCCCUCAUCUCCCAUUUUCGAAUACAUCUACCAUCCCUGCAUCUCUGCUAACUGUGAAGGAGGAACCCGUUGCAGAUUUGGGGCUGUGUCCUCCCAAUAACCGGAGACGUGGACGUUUUGUUGGUGUGAGGAAGAUUGUUGUGAAGGUGGCUCGCAUUCCUGUCAGCCUCAGCCGUCGACAGAAGAGCUACAAGAUCUCCAAUUUGGAGACAAUUACGGGGACAGAGAAAGGCAGUGAUGCCGGCAUGGAGGGUUCGGAGGUGGCUCGAGAGCCGACUGCACUUCUCCGUAUGAAGAACAAUGGGAAGAGUGUCAUGGUCAUGUUCCCUCCUGGAGAGCUGCCUGUUAUUCUCAAACGCAGGCGGGGACGGCCGCCGAAACAGGCUCUGCCGGGGAUACCGGGAGAGCCUCCGAACGCCGGCAGCGCCAGUGGUAACGGAGACCAGCCCAAAAAGACCCGGAGGCGUCGUCGGACUAAACUCCCCUCUCCUUACCCAUCUUAUGUUAAUGAUACUAAUGAUGUGAAAACAGAGUAUGGGGAUGUUCUGUCCAAACUGGCCUUUUUAAACCGCCAGCCCCCCACCACUGGCCGCUGCUCUCCACCUCGCUGCUGGACACCCAGUGAGCCAGAAAGCUUUCAUACCCCCUUGGAAAACCCUGGAAUAUCCACCCUGCUCCACCGGCUCACUGGGUUUAGACGCCCACGGGGUGGCAGAGGAGGGGGCAUUGGAAGAGGUGGAGGAGCAGCAGGGGGGAUUGGGGGCAGUGAGCGCAAUAAGAGCACCUUCAGUGAUUUCUUUGAAUCCAUUGGCAAGAAGCGGAAACUGAGCCCCAUGUCUGAGCAUGGAUUACCUAGGAAAAGGGGGAAGGGCGUGGGCGGAGGUGGGGUCGGGAGGGGAGGGGGCAUUGUAGGAACUGAGCCUGGGGGAGAGAAAAUAGUCCGGAGGAGACGCACAAGGAAAAAUGGUGCAUUUAAAGGAGACGGGGUUUCCAUGGGACAGGACUGGCCCAAUGGGGCAGGUGGCUGGGGGGAGGAGGGGUGCAUGGAAAAGGAGAAAGGUUUGGGUGGAUUUCAGCUCUGUGGAUCUCCAAGGGGGGGCUUUUCCUCGUGUGAGGUUGGAAGGGGGGGUGCCUACAGCAGCAGUCCGGGAGGGAGCAGAGGGGUUGGGCCAGCCGGGGAGGACUCACAAGGACUGUUUGCUGGAUAUUUCCGCUCACUGCUCGACUCGGAUGAUUCCUCAGACCUGUUGGACAUGUCGUCCUCGCAGUCGGACCCCCGCAAAGCUUCAUCCACCCCUGGUUAUGAGCCAUCCAGCCCAGCUACCGUUCACAGCUGGUCCCCUGCAUUCUCCAAGUGGUGUUCCAAGGGUGCAAGUUCUGGAGCAGAGGGUUCAGCCCAGACACAUUGCUCCUCAGCCAGGCCUCCGUACGGCUAUGGCAGCCUGGCCCAGACAUCACCCACCACCUCUACAUACCCCAAAUCCACUCCUCCGUCUCUCUCACACUCUCCUAGCUCCCCCCACCCUGCUUCUUAUGGCCACUACUCCUCUGGCUACUCCUCCUCCUCUCCUGCUGUGUCACAGAGAUCCUCAGACUGCAGCUUUGCAUUCGGGUCUGGACACAGCAGUGGCAAGGCCACCCCUGUCGGCCAGAUUGGUUACUCUAGCUACCAGGCAGCAGCCAAGCGGGGCUUUUGCGGAUAUCCUGCAGCAGGUCAUUCCUCCAUGGUGCGGGGGGAAUCAACGGGACCCACAUCACCUGGAGGAGGCUUCAUGUCUGUGGCCAAAGGUAGCCCGUUCAGCUCCUCCUCCUCCCCAGAGGGAUACAAACAGUUCAACUCCAAUCAGUGGAGCUACAGACAAGGUUAUGGUGGCUGGUCAACAGACAGCUUUGGGCCUCAGUAUCAUGGCUAUAGCGAAUAUGGCUCCAAUGAGUCCAAAGACAUCUUGGAUAUCUCUAACUACACCCCCCAGAAAGCCAAGCGCCCACCUUUUCCUGAAAGUCUAUCAGAAUCCUCCUCUGACUCUUCACAUCUUGGUUCUGUGGCCACUGUCAGUGGACCGAGCUCCGCAGGUGGCACAUACAAACUGAAUGAGGCUGCGUCUGUCGGCGGAGAAGGGGGUCAGUCAAGUCUGUCCAGCCUGGAGAAGUUGAUGAUGGACUGGCAUGAGAGCGCUUCAGGGCCCUCCUAUAACUGGAGCCAGAAUGUCCUCUUCCAGGGCGGGGGGACCAGCAAACCUGGUCGCGGCCGCAGGAAACGGACUGAACCACAGUCAGAAAAAGAUGGGGGUUCUGGUUUACACUCCGAUUCCCCGUCCAGUCCCUCACCGACACCUACUCCUGGACCUAAACGGGGAGGGGUUGGAGGACGGGGAAGAGGGUCUAGAGGAGGCAGAGGGGGGUUGUCUCCAUGUCAGAGAGAGCGGCCAUCGGGGGCGAAAGGCAGGGGCAAGGCUGUUUCUACGUCAGGAGCAGGAGGAGUAGUGUCUGCUGGUGGUCCAGAGGGGUCUGGGCUGUUCCAGGAGGUGCUGGACUAUUACAGCGGAGACAGUAGUAGCCUCUCUCCCCUUUCCACUCCCAAUCCUGCACCACCUUCCAGCUACCUCCAGGACCCCUGCGAGUACCCCUCCCCUUAUUCUGCCCAUCCCUCCACACCUUCCUCUGAGGAGCGAUAUCCAGCCUUAUACCCUGGAGAGUCCUCCUCUUCCCUCUCACCUAGUGUCUCAUCUCCCCCUUACCCUCCCAAGCCCACCCCUCCUCCGCCCCAGUCUUACCACCCAGUCCCAUCCAGGACCUUCUCCCCUUCCUGCUCUCCCUCACCGCGGGUGACACCCCACUGCAGCACAGCACUGAGUCCCUCGCAUCGCCCCCCUCCAAAAGACCCACAGUUCUCCCAGUACGACUCCCCCAGCUACUGCAGCUCCCCCUACUGGUACGGACAGACAUCGCACAGCGGCAGCCCCAGCCCACACUCGCACAGCACACACUCAAACACAGGUGUGCACACACACAACAACCCGCACACCAGUCCUCACGGAAACGCACACGGAAACCCGCUCGCCAGUCCAAACGCGAACACACACACACACAUAACCCCGACUGCCCAUGACACACACCAUCACAACACGCAGCCUCACGCAAACCUGAGCUCACAUGCUAACGCCCAUCCCGCCUCACACCUCCAGAGCAGCCCCCUCACCCACUCAAACCCUCACUCCAACAGUCAGCCCCACCACAACGCACACGGCAACCCUGGUGCUCAUCUCCCGUCCCACACGCACUCCAACUCCAGCCCGGGCCUCCUCUCCCACACGACGCCUGUGCUCUACGAGGAGCGCAGCCCUCCCACCAACAUGACCGCCCACAAGCGGGAUCUGACCGCCCACCCCAUGAGCACAGGCCAUCGCCAGGGCCCCCUGCCUCACUCCCCGUACCCCAAACCUCCCCUGGACUCACCCCAUCAGGAGGACGCUAGUGGAUUCUCCCUGUCCCACCAAUCUUACCAGGGCAUGGGACACCGCUACCCCUCCCAGGUGGCUCAGGGAGGUGGGGUGCUUUGCCAGCUCCUGGACCCAGCCAAUGAUGACAGCUUCAGUGUCACCAGCCUGUAACAGCAGGUGCAUUCAAUCCAAGCUUUUACAGAUUUGCAAACCUUUUUUUUUCUUUUUCUUUGUUUUUUUUUUUGUUAAGGAGACUUCUUUGUGAGAGACUGUGAAAUGAGGGGUGAGAAUUUAGCUGCCAGCUUUGGACAGUAAAGCUUUAAUUCUCCAGCAUUGACAAUCAAAAUCAACCGCAACUUAAAACACCCGAGCAUGUACACACACGAAUGCAUACAAAACCCAUGCGCGCGCAAACACGCAAAUACAGACACGCAUGUGCAGAUGAAUUCACUACCUAACAUGGACACAUUAAAGUCAUACAUGUGGACACUCACUCUACGCUGGAAUGAGGGAACGGUCAAGAGGAGCUGACAGAUGAAAACCAGACGCUGAUGGACAGAGUCAAACCUAUUUCCUCAUCCCGUUGAGUCCGGCUGUGACACAUAGAGGACUCAGUUUCCCAGAAGUCUGUAUCUCACCAAAUCUUUUCUGGUCUUGUUCUGUACAUCUGCAAUAUGGACAAACUAGGAUCACACUGCUCUAUCUCUCUUUCUGUUUCUUGCCUCUGUGCUCUCUCUCAACCUCCUUUCCUCUGCUCGACCAGCAACCGUUGUUCUGCACUCGGCUCACCGGCGCCGCAUCUCUUGUCUUGUGCUCCAAACCCGAACCCGCAUCUGAGCCCCAGAUCAACUUUUUAAAUACCAUAAAUGAGCCUUGCAAAUGUCCCACUCUGUGCACUCCUUGUGUUGUGUCCCAUAACAGAAAAGUUGACUAAACCAGUUUCUUGCUCUUGAAAUACCAGCAUCUGUACAUACGACUCCAGCUCUGACCUGGGGGGUGGGGGGGUGGGUGGGUCCUGUCAUUAACAUGCCCUCCUCAGCGUUCUGCCAUGGUUUCUCUGCUCUGAGGGGGGUGGUGGUGGUGUUAGUGGUGGUGGUAGUGGUGGUGGUGGUGGUGGGGGGUACUGCAGCAUGGAGACUCAAACAUCCUGUGUUUUGCUGUUUUAAACUACAAGGGAAAGAGACAUUGAAAUCACUCAAUGGCCCCAAAGAGACUCUUGUUUUCUGUGUGCAAAUGCGAGACAGAGGAGGUUCGUGUGACUGCAGUAAUGCAUGUAUUGUGUGUGUGUGUGUGUGUGUGCGUGUGUGCAUAUAUGUGUGUGUGUGCGUGCCUAUGGGGUCAAAAGGAGUGAAGCUCCCCAGACACCAAAGUCUUGGCGGGGCCUCGUUCUUUCUUUCACUCUCUCCCUUCUUUUUUCUGUGGUCUUGUGUUGUUUGGUGGUUUUUGUGAUGAAAAAAAUUGUAUAUCUGUCUGUUACAUAUCAUGUAUGUAUCUGAGGUGCAAAAUAUUUAAAUACACAUUCUGUUCUUGCCAUUGGUAA